CAGAAGCAGCUGUCGCAGUCUUGGCUCCGCAGUGCGUGGGAGGGAUCAGCCCUACCGUGCGCUCCGGGCUGGGGGUGUUGGGCCUGACCCCCUGCAUGCUCUCGCCCUGACCCAGGUGCAUCUGCAGACGCAGCAGGAGGUGAAGAUGCGCAUGACAGGCAUGGCGCUGCGUGUGAUCCGCACCGAUGGCUUUCUGGCGCUCUACAACGGGCUCAGCGCCUCGCUCUGCCGCCAGAUGACGUACUCCCUGACCCGCUUCGCCAUCUAUGAGACCGUGCGGGACCGCGUGAGCCAAGGCACCCAGGGACCUCUGCCCUUCUACCAGAAGGUGCUGCUGGGUGCUGUGGGAGGUUUCACUGGUGGGUUUGUGGGGACCCCGGCAGACAUGGUGAACGUCAGGAUGCAGAAUGACAUGAAGCAGCCGGUGCAUUUGAGGCGGAAUUACUCCCACGCCCUGGAUGGCAUGUACCGAGUGCUCCGUGAGGAGGGCUUGAAGAAGCUGUUCUCAGGUGCUACGAUGGCGUCGAGCCGAGGGGCCCUGGUCACCGUUGGACAGCUCUCCUGCUAUGACCAGGCCAAGCAGCUGGUUCUCACGACCGGGCUUCUCUCCGACAACAUCUUCACUCACUUCCUGGCCAGCUUCAUUGCUGGCGGAUGUGCCACGUUCCUCUGCCAGCCCAUGGACGUACUCAAGACCCGCCUGAUGAAUUCUCAGGGAGAGUACCGGGGUGUUGUCCACUGCGCAGUGGAGACCGCCAGGCUCGGACCUCUGGCCUUCUACAAGGGCUUCGUUCCUGCUGCCAUCCGCCUGGUGCCUCACACCGUCCUCACCUUCGUCUUCCUGGAGCAGCUGCGCAAGUACUUUGGGAUCAAAGUGCUGGCCUGAGGGGGGAAGGGCCCUGCGCCUUCCAGACUCCUCCCGGGGGAUGAGACCCAGCAAGACACCACUGAGGUCCCAGAAGGCCCCUCCCCAUCCUCCCUGCCCCCCACUAACCCAGCUGGGCCAAAGGGCCCCCCUUCCUGCCCCUGGACUGGCCCCACAGUUGCCAUAGCAAUAGGGAUGGGUCCUCUCCUCCCUGCACCUUACAGGCCCCCGGGGGGGCAUGACCUGGGAGGCCAAGGCUCUUCGGAGCCGGUCCAUCCCCUGCUCUGUGACAGGCCUCGAGUCCCAGGGCGCCCGUGUUUACAGCAGAACCUGGCAGGUUCUUCAGCGACGGGGGCUCAGGUGGGGCCGGCUCCCCCGGCCCUCAGGGCAGCGGGUCUAGUGGCAGUAUUACCGGUGGCGGCUGGGGAGGGGAUCGCGGGCUUCCCCAGAGGAUCCCGGGGCGGAGAAAGGAGACCCAGGCUCAGGGUGCCGAACCAGUUCUGUUUGGCUCCCGCCUCCAUCCCCGUGUGAUCUCUGCCCGUGUCGGACUGAUGGCAUCCCCAUCCCCUCCUUCCUGCAGGUCCUUGGCUUGCUGUCCACGGGUUCCCCCUCUUCUGGGAUGGGUCUAGUGCCGCCCCCGGUAAUACUCUCCCCAGUAGUCUGGCUCCCUCAGCCCCUCUCCUGCCUCUCCCCACCUGCUGCCUCAUGCUUUAAAGAUCAGUUUGCUCAGCCAAAAUCUCCCAGACACCCAAAGGUUGUUGGGCUCUUCAGGGAUCUGUGCUUUGUACCAAUGAUGGAGAAAGGACCCUCCCCUGCUCAGCUGCCCCAGGCAGAGGGUGGAGCGCCGGCUAGGGGCAGGGAGAGUAAAGUCCUUCUCCUGCGCACACAGCCCAGCUCCCGUCCUGGGCUGGGCAGUGCCUGACCCGCUGUGUCUGCGGCUCUGCCUCAAACCCGCCUGGGGCACACGAUGCCUCAGGCCACGAUGGGGACUUGGCAGGAGUCACCUUGGAAAGUGUCUUACGUAGAUGAAAAGUAGCUGUGGGAACCCGUCCAAACCGCACCUGCUGUCUAGUCUGCACCCGGUGGUCCGGACCGACAGACUGAUGGGUGUGAGCUCUGCAUAGCACACGGGUGCCCCGGCCUUGUACCCUGGGGGUUGGAGCAGUUCAGGAGAGAUCUGAGCUGUUGUCUAACCCUGUGGUGGUGCAGCAAAGUGGGACCCCGACAUCCAGCACAUUCCAGCGGAGCUGCCUUCUCCGGCAGACCGGGCCUCCUGCUGGCAGCUUUGCUGGGGCUGCUCUGUGCUGGCCCUGCUGUAGUGUCUAAGGAUCAGAGUGAGUCGCGGGGGCUGGAUCCUGCUUGUGACGGGAGCGUUUGUAUCUCAUGCCUGCUCCUUGCUGCUGCUGCCCCCACGAGCCAACACUUCUGAAAUGCUGCUGCUGCCCGCAAGUAGUCGGGCCAGGCAAUGAGCCAGGUGC